AUGAAUGAGAUGUUCCCCACCACUUUUCCAUAUGAGGAAUCUUCUCCUCCUGAGUCAAUAUUGGGCAGAACUCAAUCGGAUAAUACUUGUUCUUCAAAUCCACGAACUGCUGUCCGAGAGCCGGAUUCAGCCGCAUCACAUUGUCGUCGAAAACUCCCACAUGCAGCUGCUGCUGCGGCGAUUUCAGUGGCUUUGAACAUGCUGAACUGUGGUGGUUCCAGUGACGUGGACAGUGGUGAAUCGUGGUCUCGUCUAUUGAAAUGCAUUAAAAGUGGACAAUCGGGAGAAGUUGGAUUGAAAGAAAAAAGAGAAAAGUACAAGAACUCGAGACAAGUGGACAGUAGGCGUGAAGAUGAGGAGGCACGUGAUUUCGAUUUGGAGGUCAACAAGGUCGAACAAUUAAACUCAUGA